AUGAGCUGUGAGGGAAGAGGUACAAGGGGAAGAGGAGCUGCAAUUGUUAAUGGAGGUGUUGAUACUUCUAGUGCCAAUGCAAGUGGAACAACAACUGCAAGUGGAAUAGUUGGUGUCAAGGGCAGAGGUGUUGUGAAAGGUAGAUGUGUUGUGAGUGAACAACAAACUCAGGCCACACCAAAGUUUAAUGCUUAA